AUGCAGCAGGGCCGAAAGCGCCGGGUCACGACAUGUGUUCCUUGCCACACGCGUAAACAAAAAUGUAACCGCCAAUACCCUUGUCAUCACUGUACUCGGCGCCGGCGGCCCGAGGAGUGCGUCUACAAGCCUGCACCGCUGGACCGACUCUUACGUGCUAGGGUAGGAGACGAGACACGGAAUCAAACCUCAGAUCAUGCUCAAUCCAUCAAACAUCUGGCCGAUGUCUCGAAGAUAGACCAAUCUCCAAUGAUUCCAUAUGGGGGCGGUCCACGCCACCAGCACGCGGCGCUUGCCAAAUCGUUCGGCUAUUUUGAGGAUAGCAGCUCAAACACGAUGGCACUGCUGAAGAAUUGGGAUUUGCAUGACGAAGAUGGUGCGGAUAACGGCGCACCUCCGGACAUGGCCCAGAAGAUUAUGUAUGACCUUGAACGCAUGCCGCGUCGUGAUAUACUCGACUUUUUGAUUCAGUAUUUUGUCUCUGAAUUAAAUUGGAUGAAACAACUUGUCCAUGCACCCAGCUUCUUGAUACACUAUCAGCAAUGGUGGGCCAACCAUAGAGAAUUGACUGUCGGCAACGUCGAGUUUGCUGUUCUCAUCCUCCGAAUAUGUUCAUAUGCUACGCAAUUUCUCCCAUCGCCAACGUACCCCAACGAUAAUAUCAGUGAGCUACCAAUUGGUCAAGUUCACAACACGUGCGUUGAGAUUGGGAAUAGUCUCAGUGAAACAUGUCUCGCUCUCGACUGGAAGGGUGGCCUGGUCCGUGUUCAACACAUCUUAUUCGCAGCGCUAAACUCCUCCUGCGAAGGACGAACGGAUAUGUUUUGGGAGGGUAUUGCCUCUGCCUCUCGCGCAGCUCAGAAGGCUGGCGUACACACUGCCGCCGCUGAGCCUGGAAGUGGGCAAGAGUUCGACCGAGAAAUGCAACGAAGAACAUUCUGUAACCUUUAUCUUUUAGAUAGCCAUUUGUCCAGGCAACUUGACAGGGUCCCCUUCCUACCGGACGAUCUUGUAGCAGAUAUGCUGCCCCGAUUACUCCUCGUCCCCGAAACAAGCAUGGCCGACAUGGACAGCGACACCACGGCUCCAGAGCUAUUCACUGAACGCUUAAUGCAAGUUCAACUAGGCAGAUUCUGGCGAAAGCACCCUAAAAAGAAAACUAUCCCCUACGACCCAACCGAAGCUGAACAACGAUACGAGCAAUUCUGUACCGAAUACCUGCCGACGCUCCAUCCAGCCCUGAGCUUAAGCCCAAAUAAAAAAUGGGACACUCGGAUCCCAAAACUUUCCAUGCAACGCCAACUCCUUCACAUCACCUUAUUCGAUUCCAUAGCCUGGAACUUCCGCCCUCUCCUUCUUCUCAAUGAAAGCCAAAUCACACAGUUGCCACCCUACAAACAAGUCCUGCUCCAGUCUCAGAAGCAAAGGCUCGCACAAGCUGCCAUUGAAGAACUGGCGGCCGUCUCAAAUCUCCAUUCCAUGUUCGGCGGCGGCAAUACCCGCUUCGCUGCUAUCAUAUUCAACUCCUUCGAAGCCUCUGUAUUGUUAUUGACUCUCAUUUCACAGCCGGAUUUCCCGUUCGACCAGACUGGAGAAAGUCAUGACAUUCUCGGCCGGCAAGUGACGAUACUAACUCGCAAUAAAGCAAUGCAAGCGGUAGAGAAAGCCCUAAAUCGCCUGCAGUUGCUCUCUGGAGUAAGCGAUAUGGCAGCCGCUGGUGCGCGCGUCGUGUCCCAACUUUUCACCAAAGCAAGCAGACUCUCUGGGUCUGCGGCGCCUGCAAUGAUCCCUAGUCUAUCGAAUACAAGCGAAUUAUUUCCGGGCUCGUUUUCGGACUUGCUAGAGCUUGGGACUGUGGUCCGCCAUGAUGGGGAUUGGGGGGCUGAACGAAGUUUGGAUCCGAAUUUUGUGACUGGGUUGUUUUAG